AAACAACAGAACUGGUUCUUAUUCGGGGUUCAUUUUUAAAGCAGACUAUAGGAAUAACACAACGUGAACUUCAGAUUUUGUUUGAGGUUAAAGAUGGCUUCAACACCGCAGAAAUCACCGUCUUCUCCGAAAUCUCCGAGUCCCAGAUCACCGCCCUCAAGGAAAAAGGACGAUUCCUUCCUCGGGAAACUUGGAGGAACUUUGGCCAGAAGGAAAAAGGCAAAAGAAGUUUCGGAGCUCCAAGAAGAGGGCAUGAACGCAAUCAACCUGCCCAUGAGUCCAACUCCUUUUGAGCUAGACCCUGAAGACACCAUGCUGGAAGAAAAUGAAGUGCGCACCAUGGUUGAUCCCAACUCCAGAAAUGACCCUAAACUCCAGGAGCUUAUCAAGGUUCUCAUCGACUGGAUCAACGAUGUUCUAGUGGGAGAACGAAUCAUUGUCAAAGAUCUAGCUGAGGAUCUGUAUGAUGGACAGGUUCUUCAAAAGCUUUUUGAGAAGCUGGAGGGAGAGAAGCUUAACGUUGCUGAGGUAACACAGUCCGAGAUUGCCCAGAAGCAGAAACUUCAGACAGUCCUGGAAAAGAUCAAUGACACCCUCAAAUUAUCUUCCAGGAACAUCAAGUGGAACAUUGACUCCAUCCAUGCGAAGAGCAUCGUCGCCAUACUUCACCUGCUGGUGGCUUUGUCUCAACACUUCCGUGCUCCUAUCCGACUUCCAGAUCAUGUGUCUAUACAAGUGGUUGUGGUGCAGAAGCGUGAGGGCAUCCUUCAGUCGCAGCAGGUCCAGGAGGAAAUUACUGGCAACAUCGAGGCGCUUUCUGGAAGACAUGAGCGUGAUGCGUUUGACACCCUGUUCGACCACGCCCCAGACAAGUUAAAUGUGGUUAAAAAAACUCUCUUGACGUUCGUGAACAAGCACUUAAACAAGCUGAACUUGGAGGUGUCUGAGCUGGACACACAGUUUGCUGAUGGCGUGUACCUGGUUCUGCUAAUGGGGCUUCUGGAAGGAUAUUUUGUUUCUUUGUACAACUUUUUCCUCAUCCCAGAUAAUUUUGAACACAAGGUUCAUAAUGUCUCAUUUUCCUUUGAGCUGAUGCAAGAUGGAGGAUUGGAGAAACCAAAACCCAGGCCUGAAGACAUUGUCAACUGUGACCUUAAAUCAACAUUACGGGUUCUUUACAACCUCUUCACUAAGUACAGGAGCGUGGAGUAAAUCUGCCACUAGCAAACACCACCAGUCCACAUAUACAAAUGACCAGAAGCCUCACUUUUCAAAGGAAAUAUCAGUAUUAUUGAACGGUCUGGUCUGUAUUUAUUCAUUAUAUCAAAAUUCCUUUUUAAUUAUUUUUACAUUGUUUGUCAUUAUAAUUCAAUAAUGAAGGAUUGAAAGGUAAAACAGAAGACAUAAGUUAAGCUGUCUUGUUUUUAAUGCUAUUGUUGUAAUAUUUAACCUGCUAAUAAUAAACCAUUAAAGUGUAUUUAGUAAG